AACAACAAAGAUAUUUCAUAUUGUAACGAAGACAUUCAGAAAAGCUAAAUGUCCCGUUAUAUAAUAUCGUUUAAAAACAAAAAAUUUAAAAAACUUUCCCGCAUUUUCCAUUUACAUUCAAAACCGCAAGAAAAUAUACAUCGAUCUCCUUGCAAAAGCACUGUACUUUUUGUACCUGCAUCUUCAAUGGAAAAUUCUCACACGUUAGAUAUUAAAUAUUCAGUCCGAAGGGUUUCAGUAUUACAAGAGCUGGUUUUCAAUUCCACUGAUUAGCUUUGCGAGGAUUUCGGCAGAGCUAUUGGGUUUCAGGAUUCAAAUACAAAUGUUGGUGUCUAUAAAAGAAUGUUGUUAUUACAAUCACGGAUGUUUUAUCAUCAGUUUUAAAAUAAAUUGUAGCUCUGGCCGUCAAUGGGUUUCAAGGAUUUGAACUGUCUUGAGUAUUAUGAAAUGGGUAUAAAGGCUCUGAAUUAUCUUGAUUUAGCUACAAUGGAGUUAAACCAUAAUGAGAUUGCAAAUGAAACCGAGAAUAUUAGCAAGGAAGGUGAUGAGAUUUUGUCAGCAGAACUUGAUGAUGAGGAAUGCGUUCGUCUAAAGAAAAAGUCCAGAAGGGUGAGCUUUGCUGAUAUCACGUCUAUUCAUGUUUUUGAUAGAGAUGAAGACUUUGAAACGCCCCCAGACAAUAAGCCUAAUGCUGGAGACAACAUUGUUAAAACUCCACCAAGUGGGUCUUCAGAUUCUCAGCCUAAGGAUUUACAACACAAAGAUAUUGACCAACAUCUUCAAGUAACACCAAUAUCUAGUUUACAGAAGGAAGAAUUCGAGGUUUCUGAUGCUCAAGCUGCUACUCCAGUCAGUGUGUCCGAUAAAGGUUCACCUGGAGAAGAUAGGGAAUUCUUUGGGCCAGUUUCCUUAUGGCACAUUGCACCUGGAAUGGGUGUCUGCUCUCCUGUUGAAGAUGACAUUACGUUGGACUGCACAACAUUUUCAUUACAGUUUGGUAAACUUAUGAAUCCUGAUAAACAAUGCAGUAAUCCUGCUGAAGUAGUCAAAACUCCUGUGUCGGAAACUGAGGAAAGGGCACUUGGAACAGAAGAUUUCAAAACACCAGUAGAACAGACUGGGCAACCUUUGUCGGAAAAUACCAUGGCCCUUACCAAGCCGAAACAAGCUAGAUGGUGGGUUGUUUCAAAUGAUAAUACCUUGGACAAUUGUGAAGGAAUGAUUGGCAUGAGCUCAAGCCAGGAAAAGCAGAUCAAAUAUGAGUAUGAAAGUAUGUCCCCUUAUUUAGAAUCAAUGCUAGCUGAAAAAUUAUCAGAGGUUCAGCCUGAUGUCUCUUUCAAAGAGCUUAAUCAAGGGAAAGAGUAUUUUGGCUCUUCACAUUCUCAUACAGACUCAGCAUUUUGGAAGACAGGGCAGGGAAUGAAAUUAAAAGAUUCUGCUGGUGUAGAAAUUAAAACAUCUACUAUUGAAUCUGAAGCAUAUAUGAAAAAGGGUAAUGCCAUAUUGAUGACAGACCAGGAAAGAGACCAGCUUGCAAUUGAGAAUAUGCCAAAUAAACAAAAUAAAGGCACUGAAUUGACUGCAGCAGCAGACUCAUUUGUUUUUGAUUUUGAUAAAAAUCUGCAGCAACAGCAAUCACCAAGGUUGUUGAGGCCACAGUGGAAAUUGGAACCCAAUUUUCUUGUUGACAAAGAAGUGGAUGGGUGCUGCAUUGAUAUCAAUGCAAAUGAGUGUAGUGAGAACACUAAAGUGACGACGGAUGUCAAAAUUAUACCAUCUAUCAUUGAGACUGUAGGUACUGAGCAAUACAAUAAUACAGAAACAAUGGAAGGAGAAAACUGUUCUUCAAUCAAAUUUGAGGCAGAGCAACAGGAAAGACAAACAAAGAAAUUGUCAGAUUCAAAAGUGGGUAUGGAACCAAAGAAAUAUGCUGAUUUAGAAAUGCAUGGGUCUACCACUGGCUUCAUGGCAACUAAGCACUGUAGUGGUACUGGAUAUAUGACUACAUUAGAAGGAAACCAAUCUAUGACUGUGACUCCCAAAUUGGAAACAGGAAAUGGCACAUCUCCCUUGAAAUUUGAGACAGACCAGAGUCAAGAAAAAGAAAAAGAAAUUGUGACGUUGAACCUUAGAUGGGGGAUGGGAUUAAAGGAUACAAGUGAUGCGGAAGGUGAGACAUGUAAUAUUGACAUCAGAACAACCGAGAAUAAUGCUAUUGAAAGUGGCCAGUCUAUAGCUGAGAUUGCAGCACCUAACUCUGAGGAAGAUAACCAUUUAAGAUUAUCAGAUGAUUCACAUAUUGAAAAAAGUGAAGAGCAGCAAUGGCAGUAUAAAAAAAGUACACCAGUCAACAUGGAAUUGGAAGUCUCUGCCUUUGACGUCAGGGCAAAUAAGCAAAACAUUGACACAAAAUUGGUACCAGAUGGAGAAUUUAAGGGUCAUUUAGAAGCACAUGGGUCGACCAUUGACAUGAUGGCAACUAAGCACUGUAAAGAUACUGGCUAUAUGACUAUGUUAGAAGGAAAUCAAUCAAUGAUUGUCACUGCCAGAUUGAAAACGGGAAAUGACACAUCUCUCUCAAGUUUUGUGACAAACCAGAGUCAAGAAAAACAAAAACAAAUUGCAGCAUUUAACUCAAGAUGGGAUAUGGGAUUAAAGGAUCCAAGUAGUGUGGAAGUCGAGACAUCCAAUAUUGAUAUCACAACAACUGAGAAGAAUGCUACUGAAAGUAACCAGUUUAUGGUUGAGAUUGCAACAACUAACUCCAAGGAAGAUAACAAUUUAAGAACAUCAGGUAACUCACAUGUUCAUAAAUGUGAAGAGCAGAAGUGGCAGGAUACAAAAAGUGCACUGGUAGGGUUGGGAUGCUAUAUGGGGAACAAAAAUGUCAACAUGGAUCUUAAGAUGUCAGAGACUGAGAUUGCUGCAGCUAAACAUAAUAAUGUGACUGAAGUGACUCAAGAUGUACAAAUGAAUUUGUGUGUCCAAUCUCUUGAGGCAAUAAAAUGCCACGAAGAUGGUAAAAUGAAACAAGCUUGUGAAUUAUCUCUUUCUCAUUUUGAUGUAAUGCAGCAGAACCUGCAAGGGAAAUUGCUGGCGAGCCCUAGACCAGACACAACAGGAAAAGAUCUUGCAAUGAUAGAAGAAUUAUCUGCCACUGAUAGCAUAGCAACCAAUCAUGGAGUUUUAAAUACAGAUGCAGAUACCAACCAGUAUUUCCUUGAGACUCUGCCAACAAAGCAUACCCCAGUAUCUGUUUCCAAAUUUAAGGGUAUGCAGCACCAGGAACAACAAGAGAGAUUGCUGAAUUUGAAGCUGGAUGUAAAACUAAAUGAUGUGGGUUGUGUACAAACAGAAAGGUCUAACAAUUACAUUACGAGAUUUAAGGAGGGGAAUGACAUAAAGCUGACUCCAAAUUUGGAAAUGAACCACUGUGACACUAAAACUGUAUCAAUGGUAGAUAAUUUUCCUUGUAAACUUGAGGGGGAAAAUUCUCAAGAGAAAGAGAAAAGUAUCUCUUCGAAUUUGUCACAAGACAGAGAAGUUAACAAUCCUGUCAACAAGGAAUUGGAAGUCUCUACCAUCGACAUCAAGGCAAAUAAGCAAAAUGUUGACACAAAAUUAGCAUCAGAUGGAGAAUUGAAGGGUCAUUUAGAAGCACAUGGGUCGACCAUUGACAUGAUGACAACUAAGAACUGUAAUAAUACUGGCUAUACAACUAUGUUAGAAGGAAAUCAAUCAAUGAUUGUGAUUGCCAGAUUGAAAACAGGGAAUGGUACAUCUCUCUUGAAUUUUGAGGCAGAACAGAGUCAAGAAAAACAAAAACAAAUUGCAGCAAUGAUCCCAAAAUGGGGUAUGGGAUUAAAGGAUCCAAGUGACGUGGAAGUUGAGACGUCCAAGAUUGAUAUCAGGACAACUGAGAAUAAUGCUACUGAAAGUAGCCAGUCUAUGGUUGAGAUUGCAGCAACUAACUGUGAGGAAAAUAACAAUUUAUUAUCAUUAUUGGCUAAGCAUAAUAAUGUAUCUGAAACUCCAGAUGUAGAAAUGAAUUCAUGUGCCCUUUCAAUCGAGGCAGAAAAAUGGCAUGAAGACAGUGAAAUGAAACCAGUGUAUAAGUUAUCUCUUGACAGUUUUGAUGGAAAGCAGAAGAAACAACAGAGUAAAGUGCUGCUGAACCUUAGAACAGACACAAUGCAAAAAGAUUUUGCAAUGAUAGAAGAAUUAUCCACCACUGAUAACAUAGUGACUAAUCAUGCAAUUUUAAAUACAGAUGCAGAAAUCAACCAGCCUAUGCUUGAUAUUGGGCCAACAAAGCAUGUCCCACUUUCUAACCACAAUUUUAAUGGUAUGCAGCAUGAGAAACAGAAAGAGAGAUUGUCAAAUUUGAAAUUGGAUGUUAAAUCGGAUGAUGUGGAUUGUGUAGAAAAAGAAAAGUCUACCAGUUGCAUCAUGGAUUUUAUGGAGAGAAAUAACACAAUGUUGGUGCCAAAUUUAGAAAGGAACCAGUGUGAUACUAAAAUUGGGACAUCUGUAGAUAAUUUUCCUUGUAGAUUUGAGGGGGUGCUUUCUCCAGAGAAAGCGAAAGGGCUGUUCUUGAACUUGGCACAAGACAUAGAAGUGGAAGAACCUGUCAAUGUGGAAUUAGAAACCUCUGCCAUUAAUGUCAUGGAAAAUAAGCAAAGUAUUGACACAAAAUUGGCAUCAGGUGGAGAACUGAAGCAGUCAUUAGAGAUCAUGGUUGUUAAGCCCAACAAGGAUGGCCGAUGUACAUUGUCUGAUUGUCUAUCUGGUCUAAAUUUUAAUAGGAAGGACCAGAUGCAACAAUUAAUGCGGAAGUCAGAAUUGGAAAUGGAUCCCCAGAGAUCUCUGAACAUGGAAAGGGAGAUUUCUACAGUUCCAAUCUCAACAGCUCAGAACAAUAAAAUUAAUGUGACACAAAAAAUAGAAACAGACCAUCAGAUGGGGAUCACAGAAGCUAAAGACAAAGAAGAUGCCAUAUUUGUUCCAGACAUAGAAAAGAACCAGUCUCUUGCUCAGUUGCAUAAUCAAGUCAAGCUUUCUCCACCACAAUGCACUGCAUAUUUCAAUCGUGAGGAGGAGCACCAUCAACAGAAACAAGAACAGUUAUCAAUUUCUAGUAAAGGUUUCAAAAUACAUGGAAAGUCCAAGCUUUCAGAGGAUCAGCUGAUUGGUAAUUCGAAGGAAGCUGGAUCAAUUCUUAAACCAAUUGAAAUGAAUGUCACAAUGCCUAGAAAUAAACAAGAACUGAAGUCUUUUGGUUUUGUUGAGGACACGGUUUUGCUUGACAGAUGUGCCUCAUUUACUAAUGAGUAUUUAGAAGGGUCUGUUAAACAUUUUCCUGAGCCAGAUGGAGCAGAAGAAAGGAAGGGCACAGCGUUUGGUAAGGACUUAUUUCGUGUUUCUCCUGUUUCAAACAGAGAUACCCAGCAGGUUUGCCAACAUGUUGGUUCAGAACAGAUUGAGGUCCCUUAUUCAGUUCUGUCACAGCCAAAAAUUAAACAUUCCAUCCCUAGGUCUGAUUUGUCUCAUUCCAAGUGCGAUGCAGUUUCUGACAGUUCAGUGACACCUUUGAAGAAGCAGACAGAGUUAGAAAACACACAUAAAUAUCCAUUCAUUUCUGAUGAAAAUCUAGAAGAUAGUGACUCCAAGGACAUACAAGUAUCUUUACCAUUCUCUGCUUCUGUUAGCAAAUCACUUUUCAAGCCCAUGGAUUCAAAAGAAUGCCAUGAUAUUCCCAACAAUACUUUGUCUACUCCAAAGGAAUCUUCAGGCAACAGACUAGAAGUGAACUUGAAAUCUAGCAGUCAAAUUGUUCAGCCAAAUCUUUCCGUGUCAGGAAUUGAUCAAUGUAAAAGCAUUUUAUGUAAGAACAAACUUUCAAAGAAUCUAAAUAGUAUACAAAUUAACACUCCUUUAAAUAAGAGAACAGGUUUGGCUUUCCACUGCAGUUUGCCGACACAGUUGAUUUCUACUGAUAAGAAAAGCAAAACUGUGUGUGAGCUAUAUGAUCUGAAGCCAAAUUUGUCAGCAGUUCAUAAAGAUGCUUCAUUAUUUGGCAACCAACAUCAUGGUUUGUGUAGUAAUUCAGAGAGUGACUUAUCAUCUUCAGUGCGGCCCAUUCUUUCCCCUAUUAGAGGUACUAUGUGUGAGAUGACACCUUUGGGUCCUAUUGCUGACUGUGGUAGUUUAACUAAUGUGAAAAAGUCGAAUUAUCCAUCUGUCAUUAGAAAUGAUGCAAAAGGCUGCAGUACAUCAAACAAUAUCUUUUCCACACCUUUAAAUUUGAGCAAUUAUGGGGAUGCAAAUUAUGGUUAUUCACAUCUUAAUAGCAUAGAACACUUGAAUAUGUGUGGUGGAAGCAACCAGAUUGAUGUAAAAAGUUCCUUUAAAGAGCAUGCCAGAGAUACACACAAUGCAAAUCCAGUCUCCAAUGAGCACAAGCUAGUUACAAAUUUUAUGGACACCUGUGCAUCAAACAGAAAUUUGAUGAACAAUGACUUCUGUAGAAUUUCACAUUCAAAGGGCAACAUGCAAGGGCAGAGACAUAAAGAAUCUUUUCUCCAAAAGAAACCUGUCUUUUUAAAUCAUGAAAAUUCCAAAAAUUUUGAGUACACAGAUGGUGACAUCAUUCUUAGAAAUGCCGUUGACUCUGUCAACCAGCUGACAUCUGCAGUAAAAUUAAACACAGAAUGUUCAAGCACAAAAUCAAAGAAUGGUGAGGAAGUUAGUUGCAUGGGAACCGAAAACAUCGAGAUGCACAAUAAUUGUGGAAAUAUUUCCUUGCCCUUAUCAGAAAAGGAAUGUAGCUUAACUCAACGAAACAAAUUACAAUGGAAAAGCUUUGCAGAGACACAACUUCCAAGUUGUACAAGUGGAUUUAUUUCUGAAGGACCAAUGAUGCUACAGCAUGCCAGGGGUAAUGGUAGUGCUAAAACAUUUGAAUUCCCAUGUGCUACAGAAAAGAUAUUAUCCUUGCAGGCACACAAUGACAAGGGAUAUCUAAAUAAAAAGCGAAAAUGUCAAGAGAUGGAUGUACAAGACCCAGGCAGUUUGAUAAAAGAUCACACAAAUAGCAGCUUGAGUUUUGGUAUCGAGCCUGUGGAGAGUACUCUUAGUGGUAAAGUUUUUUUGGAAAAUUCAGAAGGAAGGAUGCCUUCUACCAAAAGACUCUUUGUUACUAGAACAAAACCUACAGAGGAUGUUAUUGCAGUGGAAUCAAGAAAGUUGAUUAAUGUUUCUGACGAGAUUUGUCAAGAAGUUGAAGAGCUGCAUAUUCCAUUGAUUUGCAAGCCUAAAACUCAAGAAGAAUGUUUAAUUUUUAUUUUCUUGUCACGACCACAACUUUGCCUUUUUCAAGAGACACUGAAAUUUAUCCAGGAAGACAUAGAUAGGAUGAAAAUUUCAAACAAUCAACAAUUUCAGGCAUCGGAUGUAAAGAAGUGCUCACAGACUGAAAGCAAAUUUCUUAAAAAGAGUUUGGGAUCUUUAAAGUGGUUGCAGCAAGUUGUUGCAUAUGAGAAGUCUAAAUUGCUACUACUGCAAGCAAAAAAACAUGAACUGAUGAAGGAGGCCCAAGAAUUGCAUCAUGGAUGCCAGGAACUGGACAAACUGAAAUCACAUUACUUACAAAUGACAGGUCGAUUUGGAGGAUCUGCUAAUACAUCCAUAAGCAGAGCAGAAAAAGAAGAUUAUGUUUGUUUUCUUGAAGCUGAAAUUAAGAAACAGGUGGAAAAUGUUUCAAAUAAGAGGAUGCUUACCCAGGGAAGUUUGCAUAAGAUUGAAGGAGAGAACAGGAAAGCAAGUGAAAGAGUUAUAGUUAUGAAGCCGGAGCUUGAGGUUCUUGACAAUAAGAUCAGAGAUAUGUGCAAGUUUUAUUGUGGAUUUCUGAAACUUAAAGAUGAUACAAACAAGGAAGAGAUUACAAAAAUGCUGAAAAUUCAUAUUGAAAAGCAAUCUCUAGCUACCCUUAUUCUUAAAGACAUCCAACUUUGGAUUAUGAAGGAUAUAAAAUGUAAGCCUGGCAGUCGUUUUAUUGAGCUUGCUUACUCUGAUAUUCUACACCAGAGGUUUGUAAUUGAGGGAGAUGGCCCAGAUGCAAAUGUUUUGGGUAGUAAUAGGCUGGAUAAGAAGACUGUUGAGAAGGCCUUUCCCUUAUUGAAUGCUACGGAAGCCUUUGGAUUUGUUCUGGAAUUGAAGCAAAGUCUCAAGAUUGGGGGGCCUGGAAGUAUUUCCCAAGUAGUUGUGGAAACAAGCUUUCUUUAUUGCACUUUGAUAUAUGUGCUGGAAGAAGUACAAACAUGUCGGAUGGGAUUACAGAAUCUCUCUUUUAUUCAAUUUGUUCGUACUCUUGGUGAAGAGUUGCAUUUACAGUUAAUAUUUAUUAACUGCACACUGGGGCUAAAGGCCAGAGUUAUACUUGAUAUGAGUAAUCUUCGGUGUGCGGUGUACCCUUCUGAUAUCCUUCCACUCCAAAUUGAUGUUGAACAAUUUGGGAGGCAGCCAAGAGAGUUAUUGAUUGUUGAGGAAGUUCAUGAAUUAACACUGGCCUUAAAACCAGGUUAUUCAAGGAUAAAAGAUCUCUGUGGUUGCAUCUCCAAGUUUAUCAAAAGCAGGAGAUAAUCCAUAACCCAAUGUACUCUUCAAAUUUGAUCUUGUCUUGACAAAAGUUGUGGGAUAUUUCAAAUAUUGCCUUCAUAUCACCUUCAACAUAUUUAAUACAUCUGUUUGGCCUGGCAAUUUUAUAUCCCAGCUGAGGCAGUCUCUUGCUGCUAUAAGGUAACAUUGGCAUGCCUAAUGACACAAUUAUGCUGUUAUUGACCAUGAACGGCAUUUGGUGUAUUUUACUGAGAAAAUCUAUAAUGUAUUAGUUCAUUUUUUAUUUAAA